CUCCUUCUUCUACGCUUUCCUGAACCUCCUGGUCAGCGCCUUUGUGGUCUUCCUGGUCUUCAUUGCUAGCACCAUUGUGAGUGUGGGCUUCACCAUGUGGUGUGACACCAUCACGGAGAAGGGCACUGUGCCCCACAGCUGUGAGGAGAUGCAGGACGUAGAUUUGGAGCUGGACGCAGACAACUCUGCCUUCUACCAUCAGUUCGCCAUUGCCCAGUUCGGCCUCUGGGCUUCAUGGCUGGCCUGGCUGGCCAUUACCACGCUAGCCUUCCUGAAAGUCUACCACAACUACCGCCAGGAGGACCUGCUGGACAGCCUGGUGCAUGAGAAGGAGCUGCUGCUGGCCAGGCCGGGCCCCCGCGCCUCCUUCCAGGGGGAGAAGAGUGCGGUUAUCUAA